CAGUCGGCCAGUGGCAAUUCGUUGGUCUGGGUCGUACCGUCUCCACCUUCGUCUCGGUCUCCGGUUCGCGUUGUACCUCCUCUCCUCCAGCACGCGGUUAACGCGGCAUGUGAUAAAAAAAAGAAAAAAAAAAACCACAACUAAAACUAAAACAAACAACUAAACGAAGACGAUUUUUAAUUGUUACAUUUAACUUAAUAUUUUAUUCAAAAGAAUUAAUACAAAAUGUCCGAACAAGAGAAAGAAAUUGCUCCUGCUUCGCCUGUUUUGCAGGAUUUCAAGGCUCCUGUUUUUACGGAUAAUAAACUCGUGCUCUAUUUCCAUCCAUAUAACUUCUAUUCGCAAAAAGUUCUCCUGGUGCUCUAUGAGAAGAACAUUGACUUUACUCCCUAUGUGGUGGACUUAUGCAAUGGCGAACAGUAUUCCUCGUGGUUUUUGAAUCUAAAUCCCAAAGGCGAUGUGCCUGUAUUGCAGGAUGGUGCCUUUGUUAUACCCAAUUCUCAUCAUAUAAUCAACUAUGUGGAGAGCAAAUUUCGUGGCGAAGAGCAUCCGAAAUUGAAGCCCUCGCAGGAUUCAAAAGAAUUCGAUGAUGUAAUGGUCUAUGAACAGGCUCUGGGACGUUUGCCCAUCGGAGCAUUGAGUUUGGGAUCAUUUGUGCACGAUGAUCUCAAAUUGGUGCCCAAGGCACCAUUUAUAGGACCCGUGCGGCAAUCCUGCCUGAAAAACAAUGAUAAAGUUCUGGAUUUGCUACGUCGUUCUUUGGAGGAGUUGGAGCCCCAUAAUAAGAGUGCUUUGGAGCAUAAAUUGGAUAUACAAUUGCGUCGCAAAGAUUUAGUCUCAUCCCGUGAUGAUUUCCAACGUGUCUUGGAUGCUGUUCGUCAUGUCCUUUUGUAUGUGGAGCAGGAAUUAUCAAGAAAAUCCCCGCGCACUGAUUGGCUAAUUGGGGAUCAACUUACAUUGGCCGAUGUCAGUUUGGGUUUGCUACUGCACCGUCUAUAUCAGUUGGGAUUCGAGAAUUAUUAUUGGUCCUAUGGCAAAUUGCCGCAAGUGGAGAACUAUUUUCUGCGUUUCAAGCAGCGUCAAUCGUACCACAAGCUACAGCCAAGCAAUUUCGAGAUAUUAAAGGAGAUGUGGUCCAAAACGCCGGGAAAUUAUAAAAUAGGAGCAGGAGCUGGCUUCUUGGGUAUGGCCAUGUUUGCAGCCUUUGCUCAUAAAUAAUCACAGAUAUGUACAUACAGCAGGGUGGGCAGCAGCUACCAACUUUUGGGGUAAAUGUCUGGCAAAUAUCCAAAGAUAAUAACUGAUCCCUUUCCUUUUAUAUUAUAUAUAUAUAUAUAUAUAUCUAUACAUACAUAUGUAGUUCUUGGUUUGUUUUCUAUUUGGGGCUGCUUGGAACCCAUGCUAGACAUUUGCCAUUUACUUUUUAGUUAACAAAUCCAAUUUUUUUUUUUUUUUAUUAUCAAUUCGUUAUUAAAGUUGGUCACAUAUAAACAACACAAAACGCCUUAAGACUACCGAGAUGACAUGGCAACACUCAUCACCCAUCACCCAUGAUGCACCAAGUCAACCUAUUCAAAAGAAAAAUUAAAAUUAAUUUUUAUGGGAAGAGAGCCUCUCAUCUACAUCUACAACAUCUUCAACAAAAACUGUCGAAUAAAUAUGUAUGAAAAAUUCAACAUAAA